AUGCACAACCGGACGAUAGACUCCGAAUUCUUCCUGCUGGGUUUGACCGAUGUCCAGGGGCUGCAGACCUUCCUCUUCGCACUCCUCCUCCUCGUUUACCUCAUCAACUUGGCGGGCAAUGGCACCAUCAUGAUGAUCGUCGCCUCGGAGCCCCGGCUCCACUCCCCCAUGUACUUCUUCCUAGGGAACCUCUCCUGCCUGGACAUCUGCUUCUCCACGGUGAUCCUGCCCAAACUGCUGGCCAACCUCCUGUCUGCCCGCAAGGCCAUCUCCUUCCUCGGCUGCAUCGCCCAGCUCCACUUCUUCCACUUCCUGGGCAGCGCCGAGGCCGCCCUGCUGGCCGUCAUGGCCCUGGACCGCUUCGUGGCCAUCUGCCGCCCGCUCCGCUACCCGGUCAUCAUGAGCCGGCGGGUGUGCGUCCUGCUGGCUGGAGCCACCUGGACCGCCGGCUUCUUCCACGCUCUGCUCCACUCGGUCCUGACGUCCCGGUUGUCCUUCUGCGGCUCCCGCCGCGUCCCCCACUUCUUCUGCGACGUCAAGCCGCUCCUGGCGUUGGCUUGCGACAGCAUCGAGCUGCACCUGUGGUUGCUCAACACCGUCACGGGAAGCCUGGUCCUGGGCUCUUUCUUUCUGACGCUUCUCUCCUACCUCUACCUGAUCGGCUUCCUCCUGCUCCAGAGCCGCUCCUGGGGAGUGCUGAGCAAGGCUCUGUCCACCUGUGCGGCCCACCUCUCUGUGGUGAUCCUCUUCUAUGUCCCCGUCACCGUCGCCUACACGAGCACCACCUUGGAUGGCUCCACGGUCCAGGAUCGGGCUAUCACCAUCAUGUACAGCAUCGCCACCCCGCUGUUCAACCCCCUCAUCUACACUCUGAGGAACCGAGACGUCAAAGAGUCGCUGAAGAUGGUCAUCUUGAGGAAGCUUUGCCCUGUAAGAUUCUAA